AUGGAUAUACCGCUCACCCCGAGUACCUUCUCAGAGGCACCUUCACCAACGAUCGUGACGCCUCUCAGCAGAGGCCAAGCCUCCUUGGCCACCAGAACAAGCAGCCAGUCCACAACCGACGGCAAAGAAAGCGAAAUCCAAUUGGAUCCGGAAGAGGAAACGCUUCUUAUGGUGUGGUACCUACGAGUGAGAGACGCCUCAUCCGAGAACUCGAUCCUCAGAGACCACUAUGCCUCUGCAUUAAUGAACAAAAUCAACUUCGAUCUGUCACGAAGCCUCUUCCAGCUGGAUCCGUCGUAUAUACAAUACAUUUGCGGCAGGUCAAAGCAGAUCGACAACUGGGCACAAGAUUUCCUGGACCGGCACCAAUAUGAGGACGUCCUCGUGUUACAACUUGCAUGCGGCCUGGACAGCAGAUAUGAGCGCCUCAGACUCGGGAAGGAAGUGAAAUGGAUCGACGUGGACCGGCCCAGGGUGACGGGAUUGAGGAAACGACUCAUGCCGGAUGCCGACAGCGACCAUUACACUCUUUUGACGGCAAACGUUGCGGACGACGACGACGCUUGGCUCCGCGAUAUACCGAACGACCGCCCGACAUUGAUUAUCAUGGAAGGGCUUCUUUACUAUUUGGAACCCGAGAAGGGUAUACAAUUAAUACAGCGACUCCUUGGCCAUUUCACACACGGAAAUAUCGUGUGCGAUACGUUUGGGUCUGUUUGUGUGGUCUUCACAUCACUUUUGGAAGCUUUCCGCAAUAGCGAGGCCCGCGUGAGAUGGGGAAUCGAUGACGCGAACGAAAUCAGGAAGUUGGACAGCCGCCUGGUUCUAAGGCACAGGGUAUUUGGUCAUGAGUUUAUGGGUACGGGUUGGUUUGGGAAGCGAUAUCCUCCUAUAUUUGGGGGCUGGACACCACUUAUCUCGUUGCUGCCGUCAUUCAAGAAGAAUGGGCAGUUCCUACAUUUUGAAUUUUAG